AUGACAGAAGGAAAAACAUUCUUUUCUCAAUUGAAUGUCUUCAAUAAGGAUAACUACCAAUUUCCCUCCUCCACGGCAAAGAAGAACGUAAGCAGCUCGGCGAUAGACGUUGACAACGACGCAUCCGAUUUCGAGGCAGGCCAGCAGUUCGCUACAGAGUUGGACCAAGGUGAAAAACAGUUGGGUAUUUUGUCAUGCAUUGGGCUUAUCUGUAAUAGAAUGCUUGGUACGGGUGUUUUCGCGGUGUCCUCUACCAUUUACACAUUAUGUGGCUCCGUAGGGCUUGCCUUAAUUAUGUGGGCUGUUGGUGCCAUCAUUGCUAUCUCUGGGCUAUAUGUCUACAUGGAAUUCGGUACAGCCAUACCGAAAAAUGGUGGUGAAAAAAACUAUUUGGAAGCUAUCUUCAGAAAACCAAAGUUUUUCAUUACUUGUAUGUAUGCUGCCUACAUUUUUUUUCUAGGUUGGGCUGCUGGUAACUCCAUCAAUACGGCUAUCAUGUUUUUAACUGCGGCUGAUACUGAAGUUACUAAAUGGAACCAAAGAGGUAUUGGUGUGGCUGUCGUUUUCUUUGCAUUUUUGAUAAAUUCUCUGAAUGUCAAGAUCGGUCUGUAUCUACAAAACAUUCUUGGUAUAUUCAAAAUCGGUAUUGUCCUUUUCAUCUCCGUUACCGGUUGGGUUGCGCUUGGGGGCGGCCUCAAAGACGGUUACCAAUCUCACAACUUCCGUAACGCAUUCGAAGGUACCGAAACCGCUACUGCUUAUGGUAUUGUCAACGCCCUGUACAGUGUUAUUUGGUCAUUCGUUGGCUACUCGAAUGUGAAUUACGCACUUGGAGAAGUCAGGAACCCCGUGAGAACUUUGAAGAUAGCUGGUCCUACAUCGAUGGUAUUUUUGGCAAUUGUCUACAUUUUUGUUAAUAUAGCUUAUUUUGCUGUGGUGCCAAAGGACAAACUGAUUUCUUCCAAAUUGAUCCUAGCUGCUGACUUCUUUGAUAUCGUUUUUGGCGGCACAGCGAAAAGGGCUGCAGCUGCAUUAGUCGGAUUGAGUGCCUUAGGUAAUGUUCUUUCUGUUAUAUUUUCUCAAGGUAGAAUUAUUCAACAGUUGGGACGAGAAGGUGUCUUGCCAUUCUCCAAUUUUUUUGCCUCCUCCAAACCAUUCAACUCUCCCAUGGUUGGUUUAUUUCAACAUUUUAUUGUCUGUACGGUCACCAUUUUAGCUCCGCCUCCAGGCGAUGCUUAUUUGCUAGUCCAAAACUUGAUUUCCUACCCAAUGAAUAUCAUUAAUUUUGCCAUCAGUGCUGGUUUACUUUGGAUAUACUGGCAGCGUAGACAAGGUAAGAUUGAAUGGAACCCACCAAUUAAGGCCGGUGUUUUCGUGACCGGGUUUUUCACAUUGUCCAAUCUAUAUCUGAUCAUUGCACCUUAUGUUCCGCCUUCAAACGGUGAAUCCGUAUACUCAAGUAUGCCAUACUGGAUCCAUUGUGUGAUAGCUUGGGGAAUUUUCUCCUUUGGUGGUGUCUACUACGUCGUGUGGGCCCAAUUAUUACCAAAAUGGGGCCACUACAAGUUGGUCACCAAGGAUGUGCUUGGUGAAGAUGGGUUUUGGAGAGUUAAAAUCGCUAAAGUAUAUGAUUCUAGUAACAGUGAUGUCGAUACGCAGGACGAUUACGUUCUUGAAACGAAUAUAAUCGAACAUUACAAAAGUGAACAAGAAAAAUCACUAUAG